UCAUAAUAUUAUACAGUAHAUUAUUCUAUUUUCUAAUUUUCUAUAAUUGUUAAACUGUGGAAUGACUAAACACUAAAACUUAGAAGUCAGAAUAUUGAAGUUGAACUAUUGAAAAUUAAAAGUACUUGAAACAUUUGACUUAAUAAUCAUUUUAAAACAGUACAAACUUAAGUACCUACCUAAUAAUUGUGAAUAAGAAUGUAUACUUUAUAUUAGCAUUAUCCAUAAAGAUUAUUUACCAUGUUGUCAAUGAGAACAUUCCGGACAUGUUAUUUAUGUCAUUGUUUAAAAAUGAUCACAUCUAAAAAUAUGUCUGUUGCAAUAAAUGAACUGAAUGUGGUACCAGAACACUUGAGUAACUUGGCUAAGCAGUUAAAUGUAAAAGAUUCAACAUUAUCCAAAGUUAUUAGCAAUCAUCAAGAGAAAUUAAAAUUUUACACUGAAUCUAGGUGGCUUGUACUAUUUGAAUAUUUAACUCAGUAUGACUUUAAAGCAUCUGAGCUUCUAGAAAUGAUAGAUUCAAAUCCAGAUAUAUUAAGUAUAAAUAGACAAAACUUACAAAAGUGUAUGAUUGCAUGGACUAACUUUCGCUUCGAUGACAAAAAGUUAAGACAGCUAAUAAUUUCACAACCUUCCUUCUUGUUGCUAGAUGAUAAGCUAAUUCUAUCCAGAAUUCCUAAACUUUUAUCAUAUGUUGGUAACAAACAAAAUAGGUUAUUAGAAUUGUUAUCAUAUUCGCCAAAUAUUUUGUUUGACAAUUGGAAAUCUGUAGAGUCUAAAUUAGAUUAUAUAUUGUUGAACAUGGAACUUGGUCCUACUCAAUUUGUAACGACAAGUGCUAUGUCCUCAACACUUUUUGAUUUAAAGUGUAGACAUAAUUUUUUGGUAAAACUAGGUAUGUAUAAACCUCGAGAUCCAAAGGCUAGUCCAAAUAUAAUAACUGGUAAUCCUUCAUUGAAAAAAAUCAUUGAAACAAGUGAUAAGCAGUUCGCUAUUAAAGUUGCUGGAAUUACAGCUGAAGAAUUCUUUGUUUUUAAAAAAAUAUUUAAAAAACAAUUAGAUGAAGAAAAUGAUGAUGAUUCAGAUGAAGAUGAAUAUUACAGUGAUGAUAAUUGAUUGUAUGAGAUGCGUAGUUAAUAGAAGACUUUGUUAAUGGUGUGUAUUAAUUAUUAAAACACUAACAUACAUAUUUAAGCAUAUACUGUAAAAAAUCAUUUUAAAUUAUAUAAAAUAAAUAAAAUGUAUCGAAAAUGUUAAAAUCAUUUUUUU